AUCAAACUCAAGCACAGUUCGAAGUUUUCAGCUUCUCUCAGAAACAUUAGUUUUUCUUCUUCUGUUCAUCAAUUUCAUCACAUAAACCCUAAUUUAGAUUUUAGGGUUCAUCUGAAAACUCUUGCAAUAUUUACAAGCUAUUAAAUCAUCAACAAUGGAUAAUAAUUACCAGAACUAUCAUCAUCAUCAUAAUCAUAAUCAUCAACAACAAUGGCGUCCAGCACCAACACAGCCAAACAUAUGCCCGAUUUGUACAGUGCCUCACUUCCCUUUUUGCCCACCGUAUCCUCCUCCAUCUUCUUUCGCUUACAACCCCAACUUUCCUCCUCCUCCUCACCUCAAUUCACCUCGUCCUGGAUUCGAUUCCUUCACCGGACCACCGGUUCGACCACCGCAAAAUCACUAUCCUCCGUGGCAACCUCACCACGGAAAUCAAUGGCGACCAGUUGCCGUUGAUGUUGAUAGGGAAGCUGAUCGGAGCUAUAAGAGAGCUCGGAUUGAUACGAUCGCAGGUGGUUCUCCGGGUUACGGUGUUUCUGAGAGUCCGAGUCCUCGGAUCUCUUGGGAAAAUGAACGAAGGUUGAAGAUGGUUCGCGAUCAUGGUUAUGGUUUAGCUGCGCCGUCCAAUAUAGAGAUGAAUCAUCAGUAUGGGAGUGAAUUUAGGAAUGGAGGUCAAUUUAAUGGUGUAGCUCCUCUUCCUCCUCCUCCGCCUCAUCAUCCGCCUCCGUACGGUGGCUAUUUCAGCGGUUCUAAUGGUCAGCCUCCUCUUCCGGUUUCUCCACCACCGCCUUUGCCUUCAUCUCAUCCUUCUUCCUUGUUUCCUGUCACUACUAAUUCGUCACCAACGAUCCCUCCGUCAUCAUCAUAUCCUCAGAUGCCUAAUGCUUCUCCAUCUUCUGCACAACUAGCACCAACUCGGUCUAAAGUGAUUGAUGUGUCUCAUUUGCUGAAGCCACCUCAUCGAUCUACUCGUCCAGAUCACUUUGUAAUUAUUCUUCGAGGGCUACCAGGUAGUGGGAAGAGUUAUUUAGCCAAGUUGUUGCGUGACGUCGAGGUAGAAAAUGGUGGUAGUGCUCCACGAAUCCAUUCUAUGGAUGAUUACUUCAUGACUGAAGUUGAGAAGGUUGAGGAGAGUGAUUCAACUUCUUUAAGCUCUGGUAGAAGCAAAAGACCUAUUGUGAAGACGGUCAUGGAAUACUGCUACGAACCUGAGAUGGAAGAGGCGUAUCGUUCAAGCAUGUUGAAAGCUUUUAAGAGGACACUUGAAGAUGGGGCUUUCAGCUUUGUAAUCGGUAAUGAUUUUCUCAUAAUAUUAGAAUGUAGGACAUAGAGAACAGCAUUGAAAUUUUAUUUCCUUGCUAUCUGUGAUCUAAUGACAUUAUCUCUUUUGGUUUCUUGAUGUUGACAUGAUUGCUACUACUUUUCUUUUUGAGCAAACAUUUUCACCUGAUAUGGUUUCUCUAGUUUCUUAGUUUAAAGAACUUGAUAUCCUUCCAGCAGCCCUCUUAUCUGCUCAAGGUAUAGGGAGUAGUAUAUAUUGCAACAUGUAAGAUCUUUGUUUAGAGAUUCUAUUCAACUAGUUUAGCUAGGAACUAGGUGGUGCAGUGUUCAAGCACUACUUUCAUUUUCUCUAACCACGGAUGCAGUUUGUUUUCUGGAAUUGACCGUUUCUUGCUGGUAUAUGUCACUCAUCUUAGUGGAUGACCGCAAUCUGCGGGUAGCUGAUUUUACUCAGUUUUGGGCAACAGCAAAGGUAUAUCCUCACUUCCUUCUGUAUUACCUUGUGGAGUUUGGAUGUUGUUUUCGGAUUCUAUGGAAGACUCAUAAUGAUUUGUGAAGUCAACUAGCGACUAGCGUCUUUAGUGCUUAGUCAACCUUGGUUUUUCAAGUGUCUAGAUAAUUUCAUCUGCACUAAACGGUAGUGAAGUCUUAGUAAGUUGACAGUUCUGACAAUGUUUUAGUUAGUUAUCUCAACCUCCACAAGAAUUAGCAUAAUGCUCCGUCCAAGUUCAUAAUGACCUUGCAUUUCCCUAGAUUUGAGAUUACGAGUCUUCUUUUCCUCAGCAUCUUCAUAAUUUUAUCUUGAAAACUAUUUUUCCAAAGCUACCCCUGUACAUUAGUUAUUGUCUUGCUUCACUCCUGUAUAUUAGUGAAUAUGAUCUUUCAAAGAUAUGUCUAUUCUCUUUCCCCCCUUUAAAACCUUCUUGGUUGUGUAUAUAUCAUCAAAGAGGACAUUGACGUGGGGCAACUUGCAAGUUCUUAUAAGUCUUAUCUCCUUUAUAUUGCUAAUUCGCUCUUUUAUAAGAUGAGUCAUUAGUCUUGUUGAUGACUGUAUGUACUAUUUAUAGUGGUAUUUUACCUGCAAGUUAAAGUUGCUUUUGAUUUUUCUGCUUGCUUCAUGUUGCUUUCUAAACAUCGUCUGAGGUUGCCAUUCUUUUAAAUAAUUUGUAACCUUGCUUUCACUGACCAAUAUACUCUGGAAUAUGUCCUUUCCUAUUAUUUAUAAACAAUUAGUGAUAGUGUCUGCUUUGGGCAGUGCAUGCACUACUCCUCAUCCCCUUUUGUUGUUGCCACCGUGCUUAAUAAUGUUCUUGUUUAUCUAUGAUUCCGUGAAAAUGAAAGUUGAAAAUUUUUAGAUGGCUUCUUGACCAGCUUAAAACUAAUACGAUAUAAAAAAAAAACUUUGAAUUCGAGAAUUCACCUUUUCCUCUUUUGUUGAAUUUGAUUUUGAUUCAAUCUUCUUUUGCUCAGUGAACAGUUGCUUCAUUCUCUUUUCUGUGUAUGAUUGGAUGCUUGUUGUAAUUGAUGAACCUUGAAUUGUUACCUCUUGUAACAUUUAAAACCAGUUCAACUGAAACAUGUCUGUUGUCCUGUAUUGAAAAUGUUUUAUCUUAAUCGUUCUUGAAAGUUUCCUUGACUUACUGUUUCUUUUUGCAGAGAUCUGGAUAUGAAGCUUACAUAUUGGAAGCAACAUACAAGGACCCAACUGGCUGUGCUGCAAGAAACGUACAUGGCAUCACAGUAGAUCAAGUACAGCAGAUGGCAGAACAAUGGGAAGAAGCUCCUUCAUUGUACAUGCAGCUUGAUAUCAAGGUUCUUAUGUCAUUCUUUUUCUUUCCAACAUUGACCUCGCUUUUUGAUAAAGACGCCAAAUUAAUGCCUUCAUGUACGAUUUGGCAUUGACCUAAAGGAAACCGAUCUUAAGAUGAGCUUCAUGCAGCGUAUUUUGGGAUUUUAAACAUCACUAAGCUCGUUUUGUUGCAUUUCUUACAACAUCUUAUAUAUGAUCUUCUUUUUCUGUGAU